AUGGAGAAUAUUGAUGAAGUUUCAGCAUUUCCAAGAGAUCUUGAAGAAGCAUUGAAGAACAACAGCUUGACCACAGCUGCAGGCAAGAUUCAAGAUUAUUUGAAGGAGAUGAAUAAUGUGGAGCUGAAUAUUGCUGUCACAGGAGAGACAGGCUCCGGUAAAUCUACCUUUGUCAAUGCAUUCAGAGGCAUGAAGAAUAAUGAAGAAGGAGCUGCUUUAACUGGUGUGGUGGAAACCACCAUGGAGGCAAAGGCUUACCCCCACCCAAAAUACCCAAAUUUGAAAGUUUGGGAUCUCCCUGGUAUUGGCACCGCUAACUUCAAACCAGAAGAGUACCUUCAGAAAGUUGAAUUUGAUCGCUUUGAUUUCUUCAUCAUAGUCUCAUCAGAGCGAUUCAGAGCCAAUGACAUUACUCUGGCCAAGGAGAUCCAGAAGAGGAAGAAUAAGUUCUAUUUUCUUCGCUCCAAGAUUGAUAACGACAUGAGGGCUGAGGGGAGAAAAGAGAAGUUUGACCAGGAUAAGACACUGGAAACAAUCAGACAAUACUGCAUCAAAGGGCUUGAGGAUCAGGGUCUGGGCUCUCCUAAGGUCUUUCUCAUCUCCAGUUUUGAUCUUGGUCACUACGAUUUCCAUGACUUUGAGGAGACAAUGGAGAAAGAGCUUCCUGACCACAAGAGGCAUGUACUACUGUUGUCCAUCCCGAAUAUAACCUUGAAAAUCAACCAGAGGAAGAAGAACGCUUUCAAAGCCAACAUGUGGAGGCUAGCUUUUGUAUCUGGCAUUGUGGCAGCAAUACCUAUCCCAGGCCUUUCCUUUGCUGUAGAUGUAAGCAUAUUGGUAAUUGAGAUCAAGAAGUACUAUAACGCUUUUGGUCUUGAUGAUGAGUCCCUGCAGAGCCUUGCUAACAGAACGAAUGUGCCAGUGGAGGAGCUGAAAGCAGUCCUCAAGUCACCUCUGAACAAAGAAAUAAACAAAGAUGCGGUUGUCAAGUUGCUUCAAAGUGUAGCUCUAUCAGGGGUAACGGUGGUUGAGUACCUGUUCAGUAACACUCCUAUUGUCGGCAGCUUAGCUGCCACAGGAAUUUCCUUUAGUACAACCAUCUACAUGUUGAGGAAGUGUCUGAAUGAGCUGGCUGAUGAUGCACACAAUGUUCUGAUGAAGGCACUGAAGGCCAAUGAGUGAGAUAAUGUUCAAGAUUGAAUUGCA